AAGCCCAUCGGACAGCUCAUCUGUAGGCUGCCGCUUGGUGAACACCACAAGCUCUCCUCAUUGUCCCAGAUGCCUGGAGCAUCCGUCCCACCUCAGCCGACCAAGAAGCCAUUUUUUUCGUCGCUUUGGCAGAUUGUUUUUGUUUUGCUGCCGUUGCUGCUCAUAGCACAUGCUGUCGGCAUCCGCUCUGCCCGUGCAUAUGCCAAGAAGCAAGUCUUCAGAGCGAAUACUCGAAGCCCUAGAAGCGUGUUUCAGCAUAGUCCCUAAAAUCGGCCUUCAAUGUACAUGUAGCCAUCCUCGAGGCAGUUUGCAUUCCCGCUCAACACCAAUGAGCGGAUGCGCAGGCAGAUCUUGCUCGCAAUCACCAUAUUGCUUUCUGUUGUUUCUCAGCAAGAUGGGUAGGGAUGCAGUAUCAAACCUAGGUAACACAAUAAUCGGAAUGUGCGAAUGCGUGUGAAUAGAGCGAGGCAGCAACAUUGUUUUGGAAUCGCCCCUCCGGGAUCACUCGGACUAUCCGGUGGCAC